UUAGUCCCUGUGUAUUAUGUGCAUAAUGUGUAGCACAUCAUGUUUAAAACUAAAGUCAGUAUAUCUAUAGUUGUAUUUUUAUUACCACUUAGUAAAUUUCAAUGAUCAAAGAUGGAAGCUAUUCAAGAACUGGAAAGAGCAUCUGCCAUUCUAAUGGCUCCUCCUGAAGCAGUGUCCACAGAAGAAAGGCUAAAUGCAGAACAGCUGUUUUUACAAUUCCGUAAAACUAAAAAUCCUUAUGACCUGUGUCAGAAGAUCCUACAAACCUGCAAAGUUGAUUAUGUGCUCUUUGAAGCAGCGACAACUAUUAAAGAAGCUAUCAUAAGGGAAUGGACCAUUUUAAAAAAGGAAGAAAUAGACUCUGUCUGUUCUUUUCUAUUGCGUUGUGCAACAGAAAAUUUAAAUUUGCAGAAUUAUGUACGAGAACAGAUUCUUCAAGUGGUUGCAAUUAUUUUUAAACUUGGUACUCUUGAUAACCCAGAAGCGAGAACUAGCUUGGUGAAUGGUUUAACUCAGUUAUUAUCACAUGGAGACAGAACAAUGGAAUUAAUUUGUUGUUCCAUCAUGAAGGCUCUACUCACAGAGUACUCAACAACUUCUCAAUCAACCAACUUUGGCAUGAGCUUGGAUUUUCAUGCAAGUUGUAAAAGAUCAUUUGAAGAAAAGGAUUUACUCAACAUCUUCGUGCUCACUGUUCAAACUCUUCAAAAAUUUAUAAAUGUUGAGAUGUCAGGCUUAUCGAGACAAGACAUUGCAGUAUUUAUACGAUAUUUGUCCCUGGCUGAACAAGUCUUACAUUGGGAAUUUAUGAGUGGACAUCCUUUGUCAUUAUUAAGAUUUCCUGGAAGUAAUGAAACAGCACAAAAAAUUAUAUUCAGACCGCAUAAGAACUGGAAAGAAGUGAUGUUAGACCCAAAUUUGUUAGAUUUGGUUUUUAAGCUUCUUUCGAUUUGUGUAAAUAACAGUGAAUUGUCACAUCAUUGCAUGCAGUGUUUGGUUCAACUUGCUUCCAUGGCUGGCAGCAUAUUCAAGAGUGACGAACUACAUUUAAAGUAUCUUGAUCACUAUGUAACACGUCUGCUUGCAAUCAUAAAUUGUCACAAAUGGAAUGGUCAUCAAGCAUUUGGGUUGUCGAAUAUACUUUUUCGACUUCUUGAUGUCUUUCCAAUAAAAAUCAUCAAGUCCAUAACCCAACACAAUCUGUCAACUUUGUUUGAUGCGAUGACCUAUUUAACAUGUACUUUUCAAGAAUCAGCUAUCAAUUCAAAUGAUUCUGACUUUGAUGAUAAUGAAUACUUGGAAGCUGCUAAUCUUUUACUUGAUGCAUGGAUUACUGUUAUUGCACACGCUGAAGACUUUCCACCAGGUUUCUUUGUUCAAUACAGCUUGAAAAUCAUUGAUAUUUAUUUAAAAACACACCUGGCUUCUCCAGAUGGUAUUAGAAAACCAGAAAGUGAAUACAACAAUAUGGAUGAGAUUGAAUAUGAUAUAGUUGAGGAUGAUCGAGAUGCUUGUGCAGAUGAACUUUCAAAUAUAGGCCACCUAGCCCGCCAAUGUUUACCAAGAGUAGUACCAGUCCUGAUUGACAAAUUAGAGACACGGCUGGUACAUCUAAAAGAGUACUAUCAACACGAAAAGCUGAAAUUGUCGACUAAGACUGCAAAUGAUUCUCGUGUCUCUGAUGCAUUGUUUGAGGAUAUACAUUGGUUGUUACUCAUAUGUUCUUUUGUACUCACCAUUGAUAAUUCUGGUGAAAGUCCUCAAAUACCAAUUGAAGUUAUUAAUUUUACAAAUGUAUCCUUAACUACUAACAUACGUGGUGUGGGAGAAUCUGUUAAAUAUUUGGUUUCUCUGGGAAAAGAAGGCUUAAGAAGCGAUGUGGAUCCAAUUGUAGCUCUGCUAGUUACUAUUCUAAAAGUGGUUGAAGUCGAGAUGGAAUUUUUACGCAAUGGUCUCAUAUUUUCAUUCAGUCCCGAAGUAGCUUCGACGAUGUUAUGGUUUUUAAAAAGAUGGACAAAGGGUUUUUUCUCACUUCAUGAAGCUUCUGAUACGAAGUUGAGCCCGACGCUAAUUGCUUGUUUUGGAUUGAAACAUGAUUGUGGAAAGUUUCUUAUCAAGCUUCUGUUAGAUGUCGUAGAAUUGAAUUUAAGUGCAUGGACGGCUGAACCACAAGUAUCAGAGGAUGUUGUGAAAUUGUUGUUAAGAUUAAUUAAUCAGAAGAAACGAGCAGAAAUUUGUCUAACCUUUCCUAACGUGUGGAACAUUGUUCAGAACUUUUCAAGCCGCACACCUGAGAUAUGUGCUUUAUCUCCUCUAGUGCAUCGACACUUAGUUGAAUGCUUGAUGAGGGCUUGCUCACAAAUGGAAAGUGAAGACACUAAACAACAGCUACAGACACAGCUAUUGCAACCAAUCUUGACACAAUAUCAAGCUGUGCGAUCAAAAGAGAACUUCAAUCGAAUUGCUCACGACGACGUUGUAAAAAAUGAAGUUAUUCGAACGUUCGAAUGUGUGCGUGGUAUUGCUAAAGGAAGCACUCAAUCCAAUGCGAACUUUUUAUUUAAAUUUACUGCUCCAAUCUUAGAGGAUUCAGUGACACUGCUGAAUGUGUAUUCGAAUUAUACCGAAGUGAUUGUGUGUGUUUUGGAGAUGUUUGUUGAUGUGGUUGAUGGUUCUUUGUGUUUACUAAACCAGGAAAACUCAACUGCAAUGUGCAAUAUGUGUCUACGGAUGAUGGAAAACUAUUCAAAAUUCAAUCUAGGGAAAACUGUACUUGGUAGUUCGGAGGAAGAAGAAAAGUAUUACGAUCUGCUCUUGCUUAUACAACUUUUGACUCACAUUUUAUCAAAAGACUACCUCGAUUUUUCAGAAUCUUCAACAUUUAAUGGUCAGCCUGCGGUAUCUCCAGUUGACGUUGUCUUGUUUGGUUUUCAUUUAAUAAUACCUUUGAUAAAUCAAGAACUCAUGAAGUAUCCCAAGUUGAGCGGGGAAUAUUUCAAGUUGGUGACGUUUGUCUGUGAAGUCUAUCCUGAAAAGAUCAAAUGCUUGCCUCUAGUUCUCUUUCAAAAUUUCAUGGCUUCCAUCCAAAUGGCUAUAUCUGAUUACGGCGCCGAUUCGGCAAAGUGCUCUUUAGAUGCGCUAAGUUCGCUCGCAAAAUAUUACUGCAAUGAAUGUGACAAAAAUGACGAGUCUGGAAAAAAUUUAUUUGAAGCACUUCGAGAGUUUCUCAAUAUUGUUUUUCAACACAUCGUUUUGGGUCAGUUUAACAUGGACCUCAUUGAACCGUCGGCCGAAGCUUUAUUUCUUCUCAUUUGUUGUCACCAAGAAGAGUAUUUGAAGUUAGCGAAUAAUUUAAUAGCACAGCAACAGGUGACCGACGAGAGUUUCAAGCAGAAACUUAUCGAGGCGUUUCAGGUGCUCACACCGAGUGGAUUACAGCUAACUCCAAAUCGACAAAGCUUGAAACAAUUCCGUAAGAAUUUGGAGAUAUUCUUACAAAAUGUGAAAGGUUUCCUAUGUUUUAAGUAACGUCAUCUGUUUCAUCGUCCGCUGGGAUGUGUGAAGGACUCAAAAUGGGAUAUAACAGAUGCCUCAUCCAGACGUUUAUGAAAUGACGUGUAUUUCGUUAAAGAAGUGUCUUGUGGUAAACAAAAUCCGAGUGGAGAAACUUGAAAGCACAGUGGUGUGCGCGCAAAUAACGUUGCGUGUCAAUUUGAACUGCGAAAAUUUUUACAUUGUAUAUAUUUUAAGUUUUCUAACUUAUUAUUUUUGCUCCUUUAUAUAUCUAUAUGCAGUGUUAUAUACGUGUGUCAAGAUCUGUCUUGUCGUCUCAUGUGUAAUAUUAUGUUGGUCUAAUUGAAACACAACAGACAUUGAUGUUUUACGCUGGAGCUCAUAUUUAAACGAAGAUAUAUGUGAAAAUAUUAUGUUUAUAAUUUUAUAUAUAAAUUUACAUACGAUUUUUAGAUAAUUUCAACAUACAUUUUACUGCUAAAUGUCAUUAGGUUUGUCAAGAAACAAUUAAUUUGAGUGUUCAGAGGUAUUUUUGAAUACGGUAACAUUUAAAAAAAAACACGUUGUUUUUUUUUAAAAAUUUAAUUUUUCAGUUCUAGUAGUUCUGGUUUAACUUGAGGAAACCGUUUUUAAAUUUUUUUUUAUGAUGAGGAUGUUGUUUUUAUGCACUCACACGAGUCUCAAUGUUGGCUAAAAUUUGAAGCAUCUAAGAACAAACCAAGGCUAAUAAUGAAGAUGAAUUUGUGAAUGGUUGGCAUAAACAAAUUUUUUUUACAAAAUUGUGGAUUAUUUGAAAUGUUUUGGCAUAAACUAAAAGUAAUUUAAGAAUAUUUAAACUUAAAAAUAGAGGGACAUUUUUCAAUGCCAAAUUUGCUGGUUAUGUAAAUAAUGUACAUCGGUAACAAAGCUUCCUUUAUCUUAAUGGUAGCUUGAUACUAGCUACCUCUUUCCCAUUUUGCAACAGUUUAGGCAGUGCUUGGUUUAUCUUUAUUUUUGUUUCUACGUACUAAGUAUUUUUCUUUUUACAAAAGUGAAGAACGACUUGAUGUAUAUAAUAUAAGUAUAAAAUAAUAAAGCUACAUUUUUAAAAAAUAAUAUUUUUAAUAAACUAUUUAAAAUCAAGACUUGAUCUUCAAGCCAAGAUGGUAAUCUUAUUUACAAAAUUUGUGUUUUGGUUAUCCAAAGUAGGCAUGGCCUUUGUGUAAGUUGCUACUUUAAUAUAACCAUAGAUAAAAGUUAAAUAUUAUUACGACUUAAUGUACGUGUGUAUUCUACCGAACUAUUUGUUGA